UCUCAUUUCCUCUCUUCUUUUUCUAUUUUUGUUUUUCCUUUUUUUAAUCCCCUUUUCUCUUUCUCUGUGUAUCUUUUUCUACUUCAUAAAGUAAACGGAUAUUACAGAUUCAACACUUGCAGUUCAUCCAUUUUCUUGUUAUUUUAGUUAUUGCCUGUGAUACAUUUCAGAUGCUGAGAACACCAGACGCCAGAAAGCAGCCAUCGCUUUUAAGCGAAGACCCAGUUCUGGGAACUUUUGAAGACCCAGGUGACAUGGACGGAUUUUACGACCAGCAAGUACCAUUUAUGGUGCCACCUAAUCAGAAAUCUUCUCGCGUGGAAGAAUCAUGCAACAGAGCAGCCAAUGACAGGAAAAGAAAGUUCGUAGACUCUGAACUCGCUCAGGACACAGAGGAACUCUUCCAGGACCUCAGCCAGCUGCAAGAAAUCUGGAUUGCGGAGGCCCAGGUGCCCGAUGAUGAACAGUUUGUCCCAGAUUUCCAGUCGGAUAGCUUGAUGUUUCAUGGCCCUCCACCAUCCAAGAUUAAACGGGAACUGAGUCCUUCCAAAGAGCUCUCCCCCUGUAGCCAGGACCGGAGUCCCAUGCCGUACGGAGAGAAGUGCCUUUAUAACUACAGUGCCUAUGAAAGGAAACCCUCAGCUGGGUUCAAGCCAUUGACUCCUCCCUCGACGCCUGUCUCACCAUGCAGCAGCUCCACCACCAACACUCCGGGGACACACUCAAUGCAUGAACAGACUCCGCCCCCAGUUCCAAAUCCCACAUUAGGCCAGAGGCCCCUUCAUGGACAGCCUGCUGUGAGCAACUCGACCCACAAUCAGAGGGCACUCCCACUACACAGCCAGACCCCACCUUUUGCAGUGCCGUGCCCACCUAUAAACCACGAUGCCACCUUUAAUAAUGAGCAUAGGUUUCAGCGGCAGCUUUCAGAACCUUGUUUGCCAUUCCCACCUUCUGAGACCCAGGGACGACCAAACUUCAUUCAGCAGGCACAAAGCACUUCAUCCAGAGAUGGGCGGCCACCUUAUCAUCGGCAGAUGUCGGAGCCACUGGUUCCUGUGCAUCCUCAGGGCUUUAAACAGGAGCUGUUGGACCCUCGCUAUGCUGAGCAAGGGGUGCCCAAUAUGGGCCCUCUUCAGGCUGCCUUCCACCCAAUGGCCAUCAAGCAAGAGCCAAGAGACUUCUGCUUCGAUUCUGAAGUGCCUAACUGUCAAUCUUCAUUUGGGAGAGCAGCUAGCUUUUACCAAAACCAUGAAAAUUUUUCUUUUGACAGAGAUCAACACCUGUAUUUUGAUGACACAUGCGUGGUUCCUGAGCGGCUUGAAGGCAAAGUAAAGCAGGAGCCCUCUGUGUAUCGAGAUGGACCACCUUACCAGCGCCGUGGCUCUCUUCAGCUCUGGCAGUUUCUGGUAACCCUCCUUGAUGACCCAGCCAAUGGUCAUUUUAUUGCUUGGACAGGGCGUGGGAUGGAGUUCAAACUCAUUGAGCCAGAAGAGGUUGCUCGGCGUUGGGGCAUUCAGAAAAACAGGCCGGCCAUGAAUUACGACAAGCUGAGUCGUUCUCUGCGCUACUACUACGAGAAGGGAAUCAUGCAGAAGGUAAAGGUUGCUGGAGAGAGGUACGUUUACAAGUUCGUAUGUGAUCCCGAGGCUCUCUUCUCCAUGGCCUUCCCAGACAACCAGAGGCCCAACCUUAAGGCAGAUCCUGAUGGUCUGCCUGGAGUGGACGAUGACACGCUACCCCUGACUCACUAUGACGAAGGAGCCCCUUACUUGGUGGAUGCAGGAGAGCAAAGUGUAACUGGAAUGCCUUUCCCCGAUGGCUAUGUGUACUGACUCUCAUCCCCAAAACAGCAGCUGAACUGCUAAGCAGGCUGAAACAUGUCUGUCCCCACUGCCUCAACUUCUCCUUCCCUGCUGUGCAUUUACAGAUUAGCCCUCCCCCAAAAAUAUCGUUGGAAAAAAAAAGUGUAAUAAUAAAGAGUGAGGAGAAAUCUGCAAACCACCUGGUCUCUGGUUUCAACCCAUGAGAAGGUGACAGGGAAGAGAGGGGUGCCUGGACUCCAGAGGCUCGACCUGCCUUGUGGUAGAUGGGUGUUUGUUGUUACAGAAGAUGAGGAGCCAGGAGCCAAAGAGUGCCGAAGGCCUGACUGGUCUCUCUGUGCAGGCUGGAAAGAAUUGUAGCAAUUCUGUUUUGACAAUCUGGAUUUUAUUUUAUUUUUUAAGUGAUGAUAAAAGGUGUCCUAUAAAUCUAAACACAGCACUAUUAAACAGCUGCCUUUUAUAAGGCCCUGAUUGUGUUACCUCCAAAUCGUGUAGACAUCUGUAAGAAUUCAAAAGGGCUUUAUUUUGCAAAGGAGGAAAAAAAAUGACCCAUCUGUUUCUUUCUUUCUUUUGAGUUGGUUAGACUUGUCUAGAGAGCUGGCUUUUAUACAACACAUUUUGUUUAACUGAAUGCAGGACUGCUUCAAACUUGUUCAAUUCCUACAGAACAUACUGUUUUUUAUUGUUGGUAUGUUUUGGUCAUUGAAGCUUUUAAGUGUUGUGGGAUUGUUUUGUAUCAUUAUCUCUCUCUGUCUCUCUUUUUCUCUGCUGGAUAACUCAUGUUUAUCUGUAAUGAAACUAAACCAGUGGCACUCUUAAGGACACUUUCUAUCAGAUUACAGGGACUGUUAACCCAUUCGUAAUUCCGUAUGCCUCAUCACUCCCUGCGAAGCUAAAUUUGGUACUGUGAGGUAUUAAACAAUAUUCAAAAGGGAUGCACUAGACAACAUUUCAUUUUACUGCAUAAAAAAAAAACAUAUUUAAGGGUUAGCAUUUGUAGUCUGUUUUGUAUUAUUUUUGGCUUACAUUUAUUUGGCACUCUUGUAGUUUUAAAAUGCACCAAAAUGGCAGGAAAGCCCAGGGCCUUGCAUGCAAUAAGGUAAAAACACCUCCUGGACUCCUUACUGCCAAUUUGAAGUUGAAAAAAGACCACUGCUUCCUUUUGCAUGGUGUAUUCAACUGGCAAUUGUCUGCUAACAUAUCGCUUCAUGCUGGACAAGGAAGAAAUUAAGUUCUCUGCUUUUUUUCUUUUUGGAAAGAGGAACUUCUAUAAAUAUAUAUUUUUGCAAAGUCUGCAUUGGUUGGAUUUUAUUGUAUCAGCUGUAUAGUAUUGCCUAAAACGUUGUAUGUUUUAAAAUCUGGAUGCCUGUGGUGCAGUCAUUGCAGAACCAGUGUGCACUGGACAGACACCCUUUCUGCUGGGUUAGAGGGCGGCACCUUCUUAUGAGAACUGCUUUUCAAUAUUAAGCUUUCUCAUUGAACCGAGGUGCUCGUUGAUCACCACCUCCACACCACUUUACUGUAAAAGGGUAGUCUUGCACUUGUAUAGGCUUCACCUUCCUUCACAAUGUGUACCUUUUACACUGCUAAGUUUAUAAUCUGUACUGGGUACAAUAAAAUGUCCUUUCUGCUUCA